GGCCGCAGAUUGGGCAUAUUAAGCUGCAGUCAGAUCCCCGUCGCAAGACGUCGAUAGUCCGGGAACCCAAUUCCCCGAUUCGUCGUCUUCGUCCCGGACGUUCGUUGCCCUCCUUAGCCCCUCUUUCCUUGUUUCCUCUGGCCUCUCUCUCUCGUCCUUUCAACCUCUCUCCCCUUCCCCUCGAGUUCCCUCCCUUGCUGCAGAGAGAAUCAAAUAAUCCAGAGCUCGGGCCAAACCCAUUCUCGGCGUUCUGAUUGAGGCAUUUUGUCUCCUGCCCCCCGCUUUCUUUUUUACUUUCCUGCUCGUGUGCGUCUCUCUCUUCCCACUCGUCUUCUCUCCUCUUCUCUCUCUCCCUCUCUCUUUCUCUCUCUGCUCUAAUCUAUUUUAUGCAUGUAACUCUCGCUCGGCUCGGGCCGGGGACUCGGCUCGGCAAGUGGUGGAGCGAGUGGGAGGGAGCUGACUUAGCAGACUCGAGCGUCGAGCACGUCGCAGCACAAAGUAGAAUGUGAAAUGGAGGACGAGCAGGCCUCGAGCAGGCGUUCGAAAUGUUGGCAGCGGACCCAGGGCGGGGAAGAAGAAGAAGAAGGCGCUUUCUCUGCGUGCGCGAGCUCGUUGUGUCGUCGUAGGAUGCGGAGGUGCGGAUUGAGUCUGGAGGUCGUCGGGCCAGACAGAGGUCGGAUGUGCAGCAAGCAGCAGGCCGCUUAGUGUAGUGUAGUGUAUGCAGUGCAGUGUUCGUUAUGAUGUAUGAGGUGCAAUGGGCGAGGGCUGGCAAUGAGCGAGGGCGCAGUCGGUAGGAAAGGAAGGCGAAGAAUGCGAAGGUUGACCGCUCGGGGAAAGAUGAAUGGCCAAGGCGGACUGACGAGGGACUCGCCCGUGCAGCUACAGAUUUCCCCCCACAGCCACUGAUGUAGCGGGGAGAGGGAGAGUGCAGCGGCGGAGCGCUCGGUUCUCUGUCGGAGGUUGGGCGCUCUCUUCCUCUCCGCAUCAUCUCUCGUCUCUCGUCUCUCGCUCUCAUUGUCGGAGAUGGUUUCCUGCUCCUGCUGCGGCUCCGAAUCAGUGAACGAUUUGAGUGCAUCGAGUGAUUUUUUCCAUGUGUGCAAUCCCCGGCGCAUCUCGGUCUUCUUCUGCUGCUCCAUUGGGCUCGUGGAUGGUUAGCUCUCGCGCUCGACGUCGGGACCUCACCACUUCUCUAUGGAUAAUGGUUCCGCAUCUGCUGGUGCAUCAUCGCAUUUGACGGACAAUUCAGCGCGAGCGGCUUCUUCGCCAUCUUCGGUGCCCGACGCUUCGACGAAUCCCGCUCUCUCGUCGUCCUCGUCGUCGUCGCUCGCGUGCCCUCGUCCUCCGGUGCCGUGGUCGGAACCUCCAGUUCCCUCGCCGCUGCCGCACCCGCCUCUGCUCGGCAGCAAUGUCUCCUUCCCCUCGCCCGCGCGCCGCAGCAGCGCCGCUGGCUCUGGAGUGCGAUUCACCGACCCUUCGUCGUCGCCCUCGUCGCCCUCCGUCUCUCACAGCAUUGCCCCUCUCAUCUCUCCUCCUCCUCCUCCUCCUGCUCCUCCUCUCGCUGGCGCUUCUCCUGCGCGUGCACAGUCCGGCGGAUCCUCCUCGACAAUCUCCUCAUCUUCUUCCUCGUCGCCAUCGUCUGCAGGAUCGACCUCGCUCUCGUCGUCGGGCUCGUCGUCCGUCUCGUCUCUCGGAGCUUCCCCGGACAAAACCUCAAGCGCCACGGUCCUCAUGUCCACUCCAUCGACAUCAGCAGCAGCAGCAGCGGGGAUUGGGGGCGGUGCAGGUGCAGGUGCAGGUGCAAGUGCAGGAGCAGGAGCAGGAGCAUCGACAUCGAUUCCUUCGAACGGAGGAUCGCCGUCGCGCUCGUUUCGAAAUCCCGGCUCGCCCACGUACUCGGCGUUCGCAUCAGCGUCCGACUCGCCAUUCUUCUCGCCAUCGACGCCGACCUCGGCCACUCCGUUCCUCACGCCGCCCUCGGGCUCGUUCUCGUCGUCUGCCAUCCACACUCCUCGAGGAGACCGAGCGCCGCCCGCCGUCGUCGUGCGCCCGAAUCCCGCUCUCCUCGUCAGCCCGCUGCGCGAAUCGCCCUUCUCGCCGCCGCAAUACGGCGCCUCGUCGGGCGCAUUCCAAUCUGCAGCAGCAGCAGGAGAGAGCCCGGGGCCGAGCUUCCUGCGCACGGCUGCGAGCCCCGGAUCGACAUUUCUGCGGCAAUCCACGUCGCCGACGUCGGCAGGCAGGCCGAGGAGCUGCGAUGUGUUCAUCAGCCUGUAUGGGCAGUGCCCGGCGCUGGUGCGAUUCGCCAAGUGGAUGCGCGCGGAGCUGGAGCUGCAGGGGGUGGCAUGCUUCUCGGCGGAUCGAUCGCUGUUUUCGGACACGCGCAGCCAUGAUAUCAGUCGGCGAAUUAUGAACUCGGCCACGUUCGGCGUGGUCAUCAUUUCGCGAAGUGUGUUUCGGAAUCGAUGGACGAUGGAGGAGCUGCGCGUGUUUCUGGACCGCAGGAACCUGGUGCCGGUCUUCUUCGAUUUGGCCCCGGCCGACAUUGCCGUGCAGGACAUCGUCCAGAGGCGCGGCAAAAUCUGGGAGAAGCACGGCGGCGAGCUCUGGGCCGCGUACGAUGGCGACGAGGCCGAAUGGAAGGAUGUGGUGCACGGCGUGCUGAGAUCCGAAGAGUGGCGCCUCGAAGCUCAUGAUGGCAAUUGGCGCGCCUGCAUUCGCAAGGCCGUCAGCCUGCUCGGCACCCGCCUCGGCCGCCGAAGCAUCGCCGAGCGCGAGCGCGUGCAGACGGAGCGAAUCGAUGUCGAUGAAUUCCCCUUCCCCCGCAACGCAUCCUUCACGGGCCGCGAGAAGGAGCUGAAGCAUCUCGAGGAAAUGCUGUCGCUCACCAUGGACUACCCGCAGCAGGAGCUGCAGGAGCCAUCGAGAAAGCCCGGCGAUCCGGCCGACAGCAGCAGCAGCCAGAAAUUUCGAGGCGCCUCGUCCAGCGCCGCCCAACAGCAGCAGCUGAAGGGCAAGGAGCUCGAGGAAGAAAUUGGAAUUCAACCCUCGGGGGGCAGGCCGGAGAUCGAGGCCGACAAAGAGGCUGCUGCAGCGCUUCGAGGGCGCGAGCCGCAGCGGGGGCGCGACAUGCAACGCGGGAGGCAGCUGCACCGCGAGAGGCACAUGCAGCGCAAGCGCGAGGCGCAUAACGCCAAGGACAACGUGGAUCCGACCUCAUCGCGCAAUCAGGGCUGCGCCUGCAUCUCGGGCGCAGCAGGGAUCGGCAAGACGGAGCUGGCGCUCGAGUAUGCUUACCGAAACACGGACAAGUACAGGACGAUUUUGUGGCUUAGCGCCGAGAAUCGAUACAUUCGGCAAAAUUACUUGAAUCUGGCGGCGUUUCUGGGCGUGGACGUGGGGUCGGAGACGCAGGCAGGCCCCGAUCGCGCUCGAGUGCGGUCGUUCGACGAGCAGGAGACCGACGCCUACCAGCGCAUCAAGCGCGAAAUGUCGAGGGACGUGCCCUACCUUUUAAUUGUCGACAAUUUGGAGAGCGAGCGCGACUGGUGGGACGGCAAGGAGAUUACAGAAUUGCUGCCGAGUCCGGGCGGCGCAUCGCACGUCAUAAUCACGACGAGGCUGCCGCGAGUGAUGCACCUCAAGUGCAUCGAGCUCUCGACCUUGUCCAACACGGAGGCCGUGGAUCUCAUGCGCGGCGGUCGGCACCUCUCGCCGCUGGAGCUCGAGGCGCUCCGUGACAUCGACGAGAAGCUCGCUCGCCUGACGCUGGGCCUGGCCAUCGUGAGCCGGCUGCUGGCCGAGCUGCACAUUAUGCCGUCGGAAUUGCUCGAGCUCAUGGGCAAGGCCGAGGGCAUCACGGACGUGCGCAAUCGCGAGGACGAGGUGCUGCGCAACAAUCCGCAUUUGUUCAGAUUGCUGAAUGUGUGUAUGGCGCUGCUCGAGAGCAGCAGCGGGCCCGUCAAGCUGGCCGCCAAAAUGGCGCUGGUCGGGGGCUGGUUUGCGCCCGUGCCGAUCCCGUUCGAUCUGCUGGCGCAGGCGGCCUCGACCUUUCGGGAAAAAUCGCCCCUUUGUAAAUGCUGGCGCAGCUGCACGGGCGUCGUGUUCUGGUGCUGUAUGGCGUCGAAAUCUCGCAGGGCCGGGGGCGAGGCGGCGUAUCUGCUGAUCCAGUACGGGGUCGCGCGACGCGCAUCGAGGCAAGGGUGCGUUUAUUUCAGCGACGUGGUGCAGGUGUUUCUGAGAAGGAGAGGGGGCGUGGCGGCGGCCAGGGCCGUGGUGCAGGGCGUGAGGAGGAGCGGGGUGCUGGCGCUGCAUCUGGAGCAGUUCUGGGCGGCGUGUUUUCUGGUGCUGCGCUUCGGGAACGAUCCCGUGACGGUGGAGCUGCGCGUGCCGGAGCUGCUCAGCUUCACGCGCAAGGUGGUGCUGCCGCUGGCGCUCCGAACCUUCUCGUCCUUCACGCGGUGCCAGGCGGCGCUGGAGCUGCUGCACUUGUGCUUCAAUGGCCUGGACGACAUCGAGAAGUCGUUCGUGUCGCAGAUCGGCGACAAAUCCUUCUGCUGGCGCCGCGCCAAGGGCAGGUCCCAUCAGGUGGACGACUACGUGUGGCACGAUCUGACGCUGCUCAAGGCGCACCUCUUGGAGACUCGCGCCAAGCUGCUGCUCCGAGGCGGCCUCUGCGACGCGGGCGAGGAGCUGUGCCGGACCUGCAUCAGCAUCCGCAUGGUCAUGCUCGGAGCCGAGCACCCGGACACCAUCUCCGCCCAGGAGACUCUGGCCAAAUUGGUCCGGGCUCGCAACAACGCCUGAGCCCUCUCGAUCGAAUCGAUUCCAUCGGAAGCCAUCCCCAGAAGUCUCUCAAAUUGCUACGAUUCCGGAUUCCUCCCGGAUCUUCCUACUUUAUACGAUCGCUUCCGAUGCACAGCAGCAGCAGCAGCUGUCUUUGUCCAUUCAGUAGAUAUCCUUUUAGCAUCUGUUGUUAUCCUUGGGGACCUUGGAGACACAGGCAAUCCUGUAAUUUAAUAGCUUAUUCUGAGUACCUUCAGAUUUGGGUAUCCAAGUAGUGUAGAGAAGAGAGAUAUCCGACGACAAAUUCUUUGAGGCCCCAUUUCCUUUUUUGUGUGAAAGGGUUUUGCCGUGAGAAGAAGGCACCACCCCGUCAGAGAGAGAGAGAGAGAGAGAGAGAGAAAGAGAAAGAAAGUUUACAUUAUUAAACACUGUAUUUUAGUGCCGAUCGCUUUAAAUCUGCAGUGGGGAAAGAGAGGCACUCAAACAUUGACGACCUGAAGCCUCGAGAGUCCUGAUGGCACGGGGGUUCUUGCAUAGAGAAGAGGGAGAGUGUUCACGUAGAGGGCGCAACAUUCAUCAUCAUCAUCAUCAUCAUGGUUAGCAAGCAGUGAGUCAGUCAGUCAAGUAAAGACCAAUUUUUCG